GUUGAUCGGGGAAGGAAGGGUUCAGCCAGCUAGCCUCCUAGCUAGCCAUCCGUCCAGGAAGACGGGUCCAAUUCUAAGCUAGCUAGCUAGCUAGUUUGCUACUAAAAUCUUUAUAGUGGGAAAAUGGCGGCGGGUAACGUCAACCCGUUUAAUCUGAGCGAUUCUGACGAUGAGGCAGAGCAGAGAGCAGAGGACGGGGUUGACAUCGAAAAGAGCCCUAGCGAUGGAGCGCCAGGCCCCCUGUCCAACAACCCAUUCUCCCCGCAAGCGGACGCCGAGGCCCCGGGCCUUUUAGUGUCCAGCACCCGGACCAGCCCCAGUGUGGAAGGCAUCUCGGUAUCGGCCUCAGCUGCCGCUAUGGCAGAGACCCGGGUAUCCGUAGAUGUGAUCGCCGCUCAGCUAAUACGGGAUCAUUACAUCCUCACGGCCCUUGAGUUUCAUACCGAACUGUUGGAGUCAGGGAGGGAGCUUCCGCGGUUGCGUGAUUAUUUCUCCAACCCGGGCAACUUCGAGAGGCAAACCGGCACUCCGCCCGCUUGUAAAGACCAAGGACUGGGGCCAGGGGGACCGCUAAGUAAGUAGCUAGCUAGCUAGCUAUUAGUUAACCUUACUAGCUAACAACCCAAUGCGUUAUGAUGUAGCUAUCUGUGUGUGCUAGUUCGCUUCCUGACAGUAUUAUUAUUCAAUGGGGAAACAAUGCUGGUAGAGUAACGUUAUAGCCAGUAGUCUACUGCUCGCACUGUGCUUAUCAGCCAACAUUGGGCUGGUUAUACAGAAUAAACGAAAUUCGAUACGAUACCUGUCUUUCUCUCCAACUGGCUAACAAUGGAAACAACGGAAACUUCAACGUGAUCAUGAUUAUUCACUAAUCAUAGACAAUUAGCGCACCUACCUUCGUUAACCUGCUGUGGGGUGAGUUUCUCCCCAGCCUAUGUGCCAGCUGGCUUUGAACAGGUGCAACCAGAAUAGUAUUGACCAUGUAUAGCUGGCGACCUGAAAAGGCCUAUCAGACAUUCAUGUGCAAAUGAUGCCUGGCACCUUCUUUAUAGUGUAGUAAUUAAUAUAUUUGCAUCAUGCCAUCAUGUAGGCUGCUGCUAAAGGUGGCUAUACAUGGCGCUGUGCUACUCCAACACUAACUAGGCCUGUCUCUCUAACUGCCUUUAGCUGUCUGUAGGCCUAGAUGGUGGACUUAGGCAUAUUGAUCAUUGUUAGAGCCAUCAUUACAUUGGUAUUACACAGUGGUACAUGGUAUUAUAACUCCUCUCUGUGUUCAUUCAGCAUGACAAUGGUAGAAUAGUUGGCUACAGUACAUAAUAAAUCCACCUGGCCUACAGGUUGUAAGGAAUUAUUCCUAGAAGUUGAAGAGGAGAGUGUAGGGUCAAUGGGUAGAUAGAGGUGUGUCUCCUGUGGUAUUUGCCCCCUUCCCCCUUCUACGGCAUUGAUUUGAGACACACAACACAAAUAGUACGCUGACACAAAUGAGCUCCUAGAGUGUGCAGCUCUCCUUAUCUUUUUCAAAUUGGUGCACCACCACGACUGCUACUGCAACAUCAAACCACACAUUCAACUGCCCCAAAUCUUAAGGGAAUGGGUUCUUUGACAUUUCCAUCACUGAACACAGGAAUGCAUGUGUAGGCCUAGUUCAGAUCUGUGUAUUCUGUGUUCUACUGUUGCAGGUACAAUCAAGGUGUGUGACCUAAUUAGCAAUUUUGCAUCCCUUUCUACUACUAAAAGCUACGAUAAGAACAGUGGCCUGAGCUGUGUAAACUACAUUUCCAUGAUUGUGUGACGUGCCUCCCACUUUCCUUCCUACCUGAUCUAACACAACUGGAUAGAUGAAUGCAGGGGUUCCGUUACAAAGCCUUCACCAGCCCAGUCAUGUGAGGUCAGUGAUAAGGCUGUCUUGGGAGGGAGGAAGGAUGCUUGUCAUGAUAUAAUUAUUUAAAUUAAUGUACCUAAUAGCCUCUAUCUAUAGCUGCCAUUGUUCAGCGCAUGGCUAGGCCUAAUUGCUUCUGUCUGUCUGGCGCCUCGCCGGUUGUUGUGGAGCUUGAGGACUAAGGUAUCCCAGGGGGCAUUGCUCUCUACGGAUGGGAGGGGGCUUGGCAAAAGGCCUCAGAACAGCAGUGGCAUAUGGCACUACAGGCAGCCACACCCAGUGUUUCCCUAUAUGCAUUUAGCAGAGAGGCACACAUAAAAAAAUUUUAUCAGGUAGAUGUAUGCCCCCAGGAUGAAUUUUUUUGUGGGGUAAGGGGGGGGUUAGAAGGAUUACUUUAUCCUAUCCCAGGUGUUCCUUAAAGAGGUGGGGUUUCAAAUGUCUCCGGAAGGUGGUGAGUGACUCCGCUGUCCUGGCGUCGUGAGGGAGCUUGUUCCACCAUUGGGGUGCCAGAGCAGCGAACAGUUUUGACUGGGCUGAGCGGGAACUGUGCUUCCGCAGAGGUAGGGGAGCCAGCAGGCCAGAGGUGGAUGAACGCAAUGCCCUCGUUUGGGUGUAGGGACUGAUCAGAGCCUGAAGGUACGGAGGUGCCGUUCCCCUCACAGCUCCGUAGGCAAGCACCAUGGUCUUGUAACAGAUGCGAGCUUCAACUGGAAGCCAGUGUAGUGUGCGGAGGAGCGGGGUGACGUGAGAGAACUUGGGAAGGUUGAACACCAGACGGGCUGCGGCAUUCUGGAUGAGUUGUAGGGGUUUAAUGGCACAGGCAGGGAGCCCAGCCAACAGCGAGUUGCAGUAAUCCAGACGGGAGAUGACAAGUGCCUGGAUUAGGACCUGUGCCGCUUCCUGUGUAAGGCAGGGUCGUACUCUCCGAAUGUUGUAGAGCAUGAACCUGCAGGAUCGGGUCACCGCCUUGAUGUUAGCGGAGAACGACAGGGUGUUGUCCAGGGUCACGCCAAGGCUCUUCGCACUCUGGGAGGAGGACACAACAGAGUUGUCAACCGUGAUGGCGAGGUCAUGGAACGGGCAGUCCUUCCCCGGGAGGAAGAGCAGCUCCAUCUUGCCAAGGUUCAGCUUGAGGUGGUGAUCCGUCAUCCAUACUGAUAUGUCUGCCAGACAUGCAGAGAUGCGAUUCGCCACCUGGUUAUCAGAAGGGGGAAAGGAGAAGAUUAGUUGUGUGUCGUCUGCGUAGCAAUGAUAGGAGAGGCCAUGUGAGGAUAUGACAGAGCCAAGUGACUUGGUGUAUAUAGCGAGAAUAGGAGAGGGCCCAGAACUGAGCCCUGGGGGACACCAGUGGUGAGAGCACGUUGUGCGGAGAGACAGCUUCUCGCCACGCCACUUGGUAGGAGCGACCGGUCAGGUAGGACGCAAUCCAAGAGUGAGCCGCGCCGGAGAUGCCCAGCUCGGAGAGGGUGGAGAGGAGGAUCUGAUGGUUCACAGUAUCAAAGGCAGGAUGCUGAGGAACUCAGCCUGUCCUAUGUUGUGUUAAUUUCACUGAUAAACAGGAAAAGAGAUGAGAGAGGGGGGCAGCUUGAGGGUCUGUCCCUACUAGAGACAGUAGGUCUACAGCCCAGGGUGGGUUUCCUUGCCAAUGUCCCCUCUGCUUGCUCUUUCCAGGUUUUGGUCAGGACUGUACACAAAUACAAUGACAUUGAUUUGUUAAUGUGGGGUUUAAGAUCCAGUAGUAGAACUAAAGAAGUGGCAGUUGAUGUUUUAACAUUGAAUGUUAGAAACUCCAUUUGAUGCCACAUCAUUUAAAACUAAUAGGUGUCAUGCACCACGUCGGGAGCGUAUGGAAAAAUAUAGGAAAAGGUGUUGAGUGGUCACUGGGUAAAGAAGCUGUCUCACACAGGCCUAGGCUAGGCAUCAAAAUGGUCACUUGUUGCUGUUAGCACUCCCAUAAUAUUAUGAUCUGGCUAGAUUUCUGUCACCACCCUGCUAAUUUAACAGACUUAGCAGCAAGCAUGCUACACUGGUCACCUGCAGCAGGCCUCUCACUGCACAACUCAACACCAUAACCCACUGAGCUGAAGCCUAAGCAUUAGACCUAAUUCCAGGAGCUAAUACAAGUCUUCAGGUUCUGAAGACUCAGGGGGUGGUUAGGCUAUUCAUCGAGCAAGAAUAGCUGGACGAGCCACCACCCAUUUGCACAAUGCUCCUCUCGCCCACUCUCUCUCUCGCCCUCUCUACCCAGCUCAUUGUUUUCUCCUCUGUAGCUCGCUGAUUAGCAUCUCGCUACAGUCUGCUUGUUCAACUCCCAGUUCAAUCAGAGACUAAGGUGUUAGCAUUAGCGCUCCAUUUUAGCUAGCUACUCUGUUCCUUGAAAGACUUAGCUAAGGGCUAUCCUACUACCCUGCUCUCUUUGGCACUAGCAGGCACACACAGGCAAGCACACACUUGCUCACACAGAUCAAGAAGAACACACCCUUAAUCGGUUAGAAGAAAUCACUCACAUAAACAUGCACGCAGUCAGAAGAAAACACACAGACACAGAUUUGCUGCAGGGCUGUGAGAUGCUGAUUAAUCACACUGUGGGACGUUUGGCUCUGCUCAACCUGUUUCUGUUCUGGCCUGUCUGAGCUCCUGCUCAUCUCUACCUUUUAUUUGUGUGUGUGUGUGUGUGUGUGUGAGUGAGAGAACGGGUGUGUGUGCACAUGCACAUCUCAGUGUGUAGGCCUACACUGUCUGUGUACCUGAUCAUCCAUGCUGUAGAACACAUCUAUUGUUAUAUUGAGUCUGUUUUGAGACUUUAUUUGAACAGGGAGUCCCAUUGAGACCAAGGUCUCUUUCGCAAAGGAGCCCUGCAUACACACAAUUUACAAAAUACAAUAUGUGUCACUGUUCUUCACGUCCCUGUCAGUGGGUAUAGAGGUGAGGAGUCUCCUGUAGAGUCAGACAGCUGUUGGGCCAGCCAGGCCUAGAACCAUAUAUAGAGCUUGAAUAAGCCUACAUCACACACACACACACACACACACACACACUGUCUUUGAUAUGAGUGAAUUGCAGGGAGGGAGGGAGGAGCAGUGCAGUGUAAUCACCUGGACUUGGAACAUCCCCUCUGGUUUGGUAAGGAGAGGAAGAGGGGUAGGCCUUAGGGAAGAAAAGCCAACUACCCUACUCUGCACUACCAUACAAUCCCUACUCAUUACAGGGUAAUUCAGUCUUAGUCUCAAAAUGAAUGGUCAUCUCUCCCUUUACUUUCGCUAUGCUAUCUGUGUUGAGAUGGGAGUGAAUGGCAGGCUAUAUAGUUGGACAGGCAUAUGAGGUUACUAGAAGGAAAGCUAACUCUGUCACUCACUGAAACAAUAGUUAUAAAAUGGUCCUUAUCACAUUCUACAUCUAGAUCUACAUUUCCAUUGUUUAGGUAUGUUUCUGAAACCAGGGUGAUCUAUUGCAUAGAAAACUAACCGGUUUGGGUGUUGAGUCUACCCCCAUGUUCUCUCCUGUCUACACAUAUAGUGUUUGGUUUAUAUUCUGUUAUGAUUUCUUCCAAGCUGUUGUUUAUAGUCAAGGUGAUGAGGUGAAUACUGUAAUAAUCACUGGACGCUCUGUUAAUGAAUAUGCUGUUUACCAUUGAUUGAUUCAUUGAUUGAUUCAUUGACAGCGCUCUGUCUCUCUCCCGUCAGACCGAGCGGGCAGCAUCAGCACAUUGGACUCUCUAGACUUCGCUCGUUACUCUGACGACGGGAACCGGGAGUCGGACGAGAGGGUGGCAGGUAAGACGAGGCGUACCUGUGAUGUCCUGACCGGGCGGAGACUGAGAGACGGACAUGAAGAAGGAGAGAAACAGAGAAAAGGGAGACAGACAACAGAUAGAGAAGAGCAGGGGAAUAGAGUGACAGAGACAGCAGAGUAUACAGGACCUUUCCUUGUCCUUUAUGAUGUCGAGGUGUAACUACAACCCUUUAUGAUGUCACAGUGUAACUACAACCCUUUAUGAUGUCACAGUGUAACUACAGCCCUUUAUAAUGUCACAGAGUAACUACAGCCCUUUAUGAUGUCACAGUGUAACUACAACCCUUUAUGAUGUCACAGUGUAACUACAACCCUUUAUGAUGUCACAGUGUAACUACAGCUCUUUAUGACGUCACAGUACACACCCAGCCCUUGAUGUCAUAAUGUAAAUCCAGCCCUUUAUGAUGCCAUAGUAGUACUCCAACCCUUUAUGAUGUCACUGUAAAUCCAGCCAUUUAUGAUGCCAUAGUAGUACUCCAGCCCUUUAUGAUCUCACGGUGUACAUCCAGCCAUUUAUGUCACAGUAGAACUCCAGCCCUUUAGGAUGCCACAUUAACAUUUAUGGCAUCAUUAGGCCACACCAGCCCUGUAGACUUCACUGAUGAUGACUAUGGUAUCACUAUGGUUCCAUUCCAGAUUUACCUACCCAUUCAAAUAUCCCUGUUUAACCUACCUAAGCCUUCCAUGGGCCUUUCUAGUAUGUCUACAGCUCAGAGAGAUUUAUCUCCAUGUUCCUCUUACUAAGCCUUCCUGGUUUACAUAAAGCAGCAAAUGUAAUUGAGACAGUGUUAUUUUCCCUCACAGGACCUGUCAGUGUCACUGGAUGUUGUGAAAUUGCACACUUAAAAAAAAAAAAAAGCUGUUCUCACAACACCCACCAGCUAAUCUUUGCUGAAUACGUUAAAGAUCAGAGGAUGAACUGAAUACGUUAAAGAUCAGAGAGGAUGAACUGAAUAUGUUAAAGUGCAGAGAGAAUGAAAUGAAUACGUUAAAGAUCAGAGAGGAGGAAAUUAAUACAUUAAAGAUCAGCGAGGAUGAAAUGAAUACGUAAAAUAUCAGAGAGGAUUAACUGACCAAGACGACGAGUAGAGGACCAAGGUAUCCAUCCAGGAGGGGCUAUACUACACAGACCUCUCUGUUUGUUUUCUACAUUUAGCCAGACAGGAUGUGAUGACUAGAGACCAGUACUGUGAAUAAGAUGCAAAUGACUAUAACUGGAAUACUGAUAACUGGACACUCUGCUCCACAUAGGAGCUCAUCUUUUUAUGUGACUGUUAAUUGGCCUGUUGUGUUUUAUUUUCUGAAUGCCAAAAUGCCAAAUGUCAAUUCCAACCCUUUAGCUUUGUAAGAUGAAAGUUCUGGACAAUUCUCCAGGAACCAUGCAGCAGAGCAAGCCUGUGGUCCCUUCUUCACAACCACAGACCCUCUACUCCUCCAUCCUGCCAUCCCUCCAUCCCUCCAUCCUGCCCUCCCUCCAUCCCUCCAUCCUGCCCUCCCUCCAUCCCUCUAUCCUGCCCUCCCUCCAUCCCUCCAUUCUGCCCUCCCUCCAUCCCUCCAUUCUGCCCUCCCUCCAUCCCUCCAUUCUGCCCUCCCUCCAUCCCUCCAUUCUGCCCUCCCUCCAUCCCUCCAAUUUGGCAUCUCCUCCUCCCUAAACCUGCCUCUCCUCCGUCGUCCCAACAUGUCGCCCCCAGCUGUCUGACUCUGGGUUUUCUGGCUGUUCUGAUCAAACCCUGGCCCAAUACUGGACAUCCCUCCAUCCAGGCUAUCAGCUCUCCUCUUUUUUCCCCCCUUUUUUCUUCUUCUUUUUUUGGGAGGGGUUCUUCAGUUUUUUCUCCAUUUUGUUGUCUUUUGUUGCGUCCUGUGUACUCUUGACCUGCAGUGGGAAGUAUUGUCUGGACCUCGUUAACUAGGACAGAAUUGAACAGCCACUGAGUCCCGACUACUGAAGCGGCAGAUCUUCAGUUCACAGCCAUGCAACAUCUCCUCUCUGCUCGCCAUUGCUUCUCUUCCUCCCGUGUGGUUUUCUUCAAUGUGUCUGAAGAGCAACCUGUGGAGUAUUUCCCUGCUCAUGCACUUGUUAUUUGAUUGAAUCUCACUACUGUAGUCAUUGAUAGACUUCUUACAUGAGGUUUUAGAGCCCUCUUAAUGUAGCAUACUGUAAUUACAAUCCAUAUGUUAGUUUUUCUCCUGUAUGUAAGUAGCGGCUAUAGUAUCCACUCCUAUGCUUAGGCCUAAUCAUAUACUGUAUUAAAACACAGAACAUUUGACCAACCACAAAUCAAAAAGUGCCACUUCAAAUUUGAGCAGAGUCUAAUGUUUUGCAUAGCCUGGAACUCACUUUUUUAUCUAUUGAUUGUACAAUCCCUGGUCAGACAGCUAUUAGCAUAUUAUUUAGGCUGCAUUCCAUUUAGUGGUUUCAUCUCUCUCUCACUCCUGUCUAUACUGAUCUUAAACAACUGGAAAGGUGAAAGCAGAUUCAUAGAAGGUAUCCUCCACAUUGCUUUUACCUAUCCUGGGUUUUCAGAUCGGUGCAAAGGAGAUGAGGAGAGGUAGCUGCUUGACAUUCUUUCGAUGCACCCUUAGACACUAUUCCUUAGUCAGCUAUCCCAGGAUCCUCUGCUGCAUGCGUUCAUUAGACCCCAUAGUUUGCAUGUCUCCUGUUUUCAAAACAAUUUUUGUUUGUUUGUUUCAUUUUUCAUGGCCAUGUUUUUGUUUGUUUGUUCCCACUCCUUGGUUGGAUGCACUUCCUUCCUGUGUGUUGUGAUGUCACUUCCUGUCCAGUGCUGGAGUUUGAGCUACGGAAAGCCAAGGAGACCAUUCAGGCUCUACGCACCAACUUGACUCAGGCAGCAGGUGGCGUACUUAACACUUCUACUCCUCCAUUUCAUCCCUCUCUCGUCUCUCUCUUUCUAAGGAGAUUCUCUCUAGCUCCUCCCCUGUUUUACUGAAGGGUGGAAGGGUUCAUCUGUUCUGUUGCUUUAUUGUCUUUCUAGAGAGCGACACUCAGGAGAGAAACAAGAACUACAGUUCACAUCCUGAGACUCAGGUAGGCUGGACACUCUCCUAUACAGUGCUAGUAGCUGUAUGCAGUUCACUUGUGGAGUACCACUGCAGCAAAUACACAAUGUUUCUUAAAAAACACUGUUUGUUGAGAAACUUGACUUUUCAAGUUGAUUCAUGGUUUAUUUCCCUCUGUCCUCUUCCCCAGGAACCUAUCCGCCCACUAGAGAAGCGAGCCUUAAAUUUCCUUGUGAAUGAAUAUUUAUUAAAGAAUGAAUACAAACUGUCGGCCAUCACGUUCUCUGAUGAAAAUGAUGACCAGGUAAUGUUUGUUUCUUUGAGUUGUUGGCCUGAACAUUUUACAACUAGAACAUUUAGUGCUGCACAAAAUGCUAUAUAGUAAACGCAAUCGUGAUCCCAUCUUUUUUUGUCGUUCAGGACUUUGAGUUGUGGGACGACGUGGGCCUGAACAUUCCAAAGCCUCCCGACCUAUUACAGAUCUACAGGAACUGUGGCUCCGCCCUCCCGUCGCCACGGGAUACCGUGGACGUAGCCGUGGGGGUGGAGUCAGGCGAACUCACUGGGAACUACAUUACCCAGAAAUCGGAUCUCUUACAGCAGGUAGGCGAGAGAGAGAGAGAGAGAAAUUGUGGGUGUGUGCAUUUGUGUUCUGCAGUGAUGUGACUUGGAAACUAAACAAGCCACUCAGAAUGUUUACAUGCCAGUGUGAUUUUGGGUACAGAGCUUAUUGAUUUAGUCUACACACCUUUUCUCCAUUGGCAAUGUAUACUAAAAUCCUCUCCUCUCUCUCUCUGUCUCUGUCUCUCUGUCUGUGGCUUCUCUCUGUCUCUUUUCUCUCUUUCUCUCCUCUCUCUCUCUCUUCUUCAGCAGCAGACGGAGGUAGUUGAGGAGUUGGAGUAUCAGAUUAGUCUACUGAACGAGGAGAAACAGAGUCUGGCUGACCAGAUCAAGAAACUACAGAGGUGUGUGUGUGUGUGUGCGUUGGGAGAGGAUGGGGUAAUGGCUUUAGACUACCCUAUGUGGUCACAGGUAGAUGCUAAUUAAAAAUGUUACUGCCACAACAUGUGACCUUUACCCUUUGAACUGGCAUUUUCAUCAGUCAGCUCUCUGUCCACCCAGGGCCUAUUCAGUUGGCUGCAAUCCAUCAGAACUUUACAGCUAUUCUGAAAUUAUUUGUUUUCUGUCCUCUCUUCUCCAGUGAGAUCCAAAGCCUGAGAAGGACAGUGUCACCCCCUCCUCCUGACCAGGGCUCACAGCCCAACACCCCCUCCUCCUCCACCAUCCCUCCCCAGCCCCCCCUGGAAAACGGUCAGUACCUGGAUAUCAGGGGCGCCUCAGAACCUGACAACCCCCCCACUGAGAGCAACCCCUCCACUCAGACUGUCAGUAACCCUACACACACCUCUUCACAACCCCAUGCCAAGCUAAAGAGCAGAGGGAUGGUGGUGUUUGACCAGCCCAACAGGUGAGUCUGAAAAUAAAAUAUAUUUACUCAGUAUGAUCAGUAGAUGGAGCCAGUGGUCCGUAAUAAACAGUCUGAUUCUCCCUCAGCUUGACUGGAAUGAGCUUCUUGAUUCCUGUUCACUCUCACUCUCGUCUUUUUGUCAUUUCUCGUCUACAGGAAGUUGUCCCCGGCAUUCCAGCAGGCCCUGCUGUCCUUCUGUAAGAUGUCAGCUGACAGUCGUCUGGGGGCAGAGGUCAGAGGUCACCCCUAAUCACGGUCACAUGACCAUAGUGUCAGAUAUCUAUGUCUUAUAAGUAUAGUAUACUACUACUGAAACCAUUUGAAUACACAGUCCUCAGAGCAGUGACAUAUCAAAAAGUAUCAUCUGCAUCUCUCUCUUCCCCCCCCCCCCCUCCCCCAUCUCUCUCUCUAGGUGUCGAGGAUAGCAGACAAUGAGGAGAGUGUGAUGCUGAUGUUGGGUCGCUGUCUUCCUCACAUCGUCCCCAAUGUCCUCCUGGCCAAACGAGAGGUACCUCCCUCCUCUCCCCCCUCCUCACCCCUCUCCCCCAUCCUCCCAUCAACACGGUCUUCUUUCUGUCUUCAGUUUGGAAUUCAACGUCUGACUCCACAGUUUUUUCACCGGUGCUCAUCUCUCAUCUCUCCUUCUCCCUUUCCUUCACUUUUUUUGUCCUUUCACUCUCUCACUCACUCUCUCGCUCUGUGCAUGCCUCUCUGCUCCUAGAGAAUGGUUGCACACCUGUGCCAGGUAAGUUAGACGCCCCCACAUCUGCAUGACCUCACUUGACCUCACACCCAGGUGUAACACAGACCCACGCCACAGGCUAUAACCACCCAGUCUCUCAUCUGAUUGGCUAGUUAUUCAAACUCGAGCAAGACAAAGUCAUGGUAGAAUUUGGAUAAUUUAUGAAAACACUUAGGUUAGGGGUAUUGUUAGUUUUAGUCAUUAAGAUUGCAUCUGUGGUUGUGGUCUGUAUAGUGGACUGUUUUACCUCUCUUACCCUGUGUGUUCUCACCUUGCUCCUUUCUGAUUGGUUCCCAAUAGCACACAUUCUUCUCAUUGAGUGAUUCUUUAAUCUCUGAUUGGCUGAAACGGUGGCCAAUCAGAGCUGAUUGAACGACUGUGUGCAUUUUGUCUAAUUUCACAAAACAUUUGUAUUUGAUUUAUAAUCUAAUUUAAGUGCAUUGUGUAACAGACAUGCAGUGUAACUGACUAACCUAUUUGAAAACGCUAUCUGGCGUUGCUGUAAAGUAAGUCAUCACUCUUAAUGGUAAAUGCUGAUGGUUUCUUUCCGUGCAUUAGUCUACAGCAUGUUUAAAGAGCUAGUGUGGUGAGCUAGGUUUGGAAUUGUGUGUGUUUUUGUGUGUAACAGUGUGGUCUGUGUGAGGGAGUGCUAGGGAGAGUCAGGUGGGCUCACCACACUGUAUGUGAUUUGUAUAUCACAGUUGUGGUUUUAAUGAUCUACUGACAGUUCUGAAGAAUUCCUGCCCAAAUCUAGGGAAAACAAAGUGGAGGAGAAGUAAAGAGAGAUUGUCUUGUUCUGCCUCCGGGCGGGAAUGGACUUUGUUCUGCGACUGUUAGGCAGACAGAAUCAACACACACACACCUUUGUGCUCCUACUGUUUGUAAGUCACCUACUGCCAGCUCAAAGACACACCUUAGUUCUUAACUCUACAGACUAUGGACUAGGAACAAUAGACGUUUGACUUUGAUGACUGACUGAAUGAGUGAACAGCAAAACAGUAAAAACCUGCCUGCCACCUGUCGCCUAUACUAUCAAUGAUCAUAAAUCAUUAUGGUCUUAUGGCAGACAGACCAAGCCUACUCUAAGAUACAGCCCAAUACCUGUAUGGGCUUCUGGAGAACCAGGACCAUAAAGAGAGUCAACAAUCCCACUUCCUUUUUUCUCUGUUUUGAGGUUUAAUGACUACCUGAUCUACCUGGCAGAGAGCCAAUUAUACCAUGACAUUCGGGGGUCUCUAUUUUGUAUUGGCCUAAUAGUAAAGACAAGUCGUUUAACGUUACAAAUGUUUUACCGGUCCUUUUUAAUGUGGCAUGAACAACCAGUCAUGAUGUUUUAAUCUUAUUGUUAAACAAAUCUGUGCACGUUUGUCCACACAAAUAAUUCCAGCAUCCAAACAGAGCACUGUGCCUCUGCUAUUUGAUGAAUGAAAAGAUACAUAUUUUACAAAGCACCAAAUAGUUUAAUGACAUUUGGCAAUUGUCAUUAAGCCUACAGUCUUGUAGCCUGAAUUACAACAUGUUACCAUGGUGUCACUGCUAUAGUUGCUACUUGGCCUCUGCAGGUCUAAACAUGUUACCAUGGUGUCACUCUGCUGUAGGUCCUAGUUGGACACCCCUGGUCUAAACGUGUUACCAUGGUGUCACUCUGCUAUAGGUCCUAGUUGGACACCCCUGGUCUAAACGUGUUACCAUGGUGUCACUCUGCUAUAGGUCCUAGUUGGACACCCCUGGUCUAAACGUGUUACCAUGGUGUCACUCUGCUAUAGGUCCUAGUUGGACACCCCUGGUCUAAACGUGUUACCAUGGUGUCACUCUGCUAUAGGUCCUAGUUGGACACCCCUGGUCUAAACGUGUUACCAUGGUGUCACUCUGCUAUAGGUCCUAGUUGGACACCCCUGGUCUAAACAUAUUACCAUGGUGUCACUCUGCUGUAGGUCUUAGUUGGACACCCCUGGUCUAAACAUGUUACCAUGGUGUCACUCUGCAAUAGGACCUAGUUGGACACCCCUGGUCUAAAUGUGUUACCAUGGUGUCACUCUGCAAUAGGUCCUAGUUGGACACCCCUGGUCUAAAUGUGUUACCAUGGUGUCACUCUGCUAUAGAUCCUAGUUGGCCAUCUCUGGUCUAAACAUGGUGGUACCAUGGCGUACCCCUGGCCGCUCUACCUACCCACAUGUUGACCCAACGUUGGCCAGAUGUUUUCCUUGGAACAGAUCUGACUGUCGCUUGGUUCUGGAAUAGAACAACGUCAGAUAGGGUUCACUGAAGAAAAAGUCAUAGAAGUUUACGCUUUCUCUUUCCUCAGAAGUAAAUAUCUGAAACAAAAUAACAAACUUUGAUGGUAACAGCUUGUUGACCUUUACCUUUUAAUGUCCCAUUCCUUAUUUUAACGCUUGUGCCACUUGCAAUAUUUAAUUAAAAAAAGAAACAUACAUGUUGGGGAAGUUGUUUACUUAACACUGCCCAAGCAUCUGUUCUUUAGCUUUUAAAAAUAUUUUCUCUAACAUUUGGUGAAAGCAUAAUCAGAAUAGUUAUUGUCAGUGCCAUAUAUGUCUCUGGUGGUUGUGUUGUAUGUGAAGCACGUAAUAUAUUUUAUUUGAAUCAAUGACAGUUGUACUCACCAUCUACAGACAUCCAGCAUACAUUCACUGAGUGACUCAUUUCAGGUCUCCCCCUCCCAAGCCUCUCUUUGGUUGGGCUUGGUUGUUCUGCCAACAUUCAACUUUGGGUUUGUUUCGUAUGCCAACAUUCAGCAGGAAAAUAUGAAACCUUCCUGGAAAACCCUGCUGGUUAAAAAGAAAAUACAUAUUUUGAACUGUGUUUUUAAUAGUGUAUCCUUUCUCUCUAAUUUGGUUGUGUGUGAGGCAGGAAGUUUGAGCUAACCACAGUUUGGCCACGAGGCAGUAUGAAAGGCCCCACCUCGGCCUGGGACUACGCUUUAGUUUUAGUUCUCUCUCUCUCCAGGCUGGCUCUCGCAUGAACUUCAUAUGAACUUUACUGUUCAUAAAGGAACUUGAUGUAAACCAGGGGGUAUCAGUCAUUCAGAUUAGAAAACCAUGAGACAUUGUCAUCAUGAUACAUAGAUGUAUAUAACAGCACAUUGUUUCAUUUGACCCUCUUCCUGUUUCUGUUGGUGGUGGUGUUGUCCUCUCUCCUACCCAUAACCCCCACCCACCCACCCCUGCCUGCAAACCCUUUCUGUGCUGUGAAUGCCCAAAGAGCCACAAACCCAAGCUGAUCUCCCUCUUUUCAUAUCUGUCUCUCGCCAUCCCUCUAUCUCUCUCUAGGAGUUGAUUCCUCUCAUCCUGUGUACGGCGUGCCUCCACCCGGAGCCUAAAGAGAGAGACCAGCUCCUCCACAUCCUCUUCAACCUCAUCAAGAGACCUGACGACGAACAGAGGUGUGUGUGUGCGCGUGUCUGCGUGUGCGUGUGUGUUCUUAUACUUAGCUGUUCUCUCUGUGUGUUUAUGGGCUGAUGAUCAAGGGUGAUCUUGACGGUGUGUGUAUAUUGACUCCUGGUUGUGUUUGUAGGCAGAUGAUCCUAACAGGUUGUGUGGCGUUUGCCAGACAUGUUGGUCCCACUAGAGUUGAGGCUGAACUCUUACCACAAUGCUGGGAACAGGUAGCUACUCCUCUCUCCUUACUCCUUUUCUCUCUGUUUUUCUUUCUGAAAAUAUUCCUCAUUUAUGGGGUUUUCUUCAUGUGUGUAAAGUGUUGAUACACAAACAAUUAUCUGUUACUAUGGAUACGACCAAUAUUUUGGGCCAUAGGUCCAAUAAUAUCCCAAUAAAGACUCAGAAUCUCAUGUUGUCUCUUUCUUUCUCUGUGUCCCCCUCACCCCAUCCUCUUCUUUCUCUCCUUUCCCUCAUUAAUAUCGCUCUCUCUCUUUCUCUUCUCUAUCUCUCUUAUUCUCUCUCUCUCUCCAGAUCAACCAUAAGUAUCCAGAGAGGAGGUUGUUGGUAGCAGAGGCCUGUGGUGCCUUAGCACCUUACCUGCCUGUAAGACUCUCUCACACACACACACACACACACACACACACUUGCUAGUGAUGCGUAAGUUGACUCAUAACCCUCAGUCCCCGCUGUUAUAUCCGCGGGGCGGGCGGGUUUAGGGGUCAUUCAAUAUUGUGUGGAUGAAGGGCGGGUGGGUGGCUGGCAGGUUGAAUAAAGAGAAAACAUAAAGAGAGUUGAAAAUAAAGACAUUGGAGGGCCAGAAAAGUCAUGUUUGGGAUAGAUUUGGUGAAGUGGUAAAAGAGGAUGAUAGCAGUGUCAGCUAUGUUAUGUGUGAUUAUUGUGAGGCGCUAUACAAAUUUGACAUUCACAAGAUGGGGACUUGAAAUAGGCCUAUGGCACGUCAAGGGAACUGUAGCCUACUGUUCAGAUGGGUUAAAUGGAAACUGAAAUCUGGACACUGACUGUUUGAUUAUACACCAAAUGUAGGCUAAAUUGUGACUUUCUUUCAGCAUCUUGAGAGAAUGUGAAUGUGCGGUUAGAUACUGUCUGUAAAGGUGCUAUCUUUAUCAGCAUCAUAAAAGCUGAUAGUAUUUCAACCACAUAAAAUAUGCAUCCAAGCCGAACUGAAAUCUUAUCAGAAACAUGUUGGGUCAUUUUCACAGCUUUAAAUUUCCUUACAACUGGUGAAACAUAUGUCAUUUUAAAGUUUUGCACAGAAAAUUGUUCCCUUUUUUUUUUGUAAUUGCAUUUUCUCCCCAGUCCCUAAACGUCUUUGCUCUGCGAAAGAAUCAGAGAUGACAGAGAACUUUAGCGAUGUCAACUAUAUUGAAGCAUUCAUUCUAUUGAUUUAUGACAUUAUUCUGGUGAGCAAGGGUUUAUUUAGUCUUCUAAGGCAACAUGUAAUGACAGAAGAGAAGCUGCAUGUAUCUAAUUAUUGACAAGUUGACUAACAAACAGCCUAUCAAAAUGUUGGAAAUUAUAAGCAGAAACAUCUCUAAAUCAGGCAAAAAUAAAUCCUGCAUCCCCUGUCCAAAAAUCGUUCUUAGCGGGUUAGGGUCGGGUGCGGGUCUAGGGCUGUGGCGGUCAUGACAUUUUGUCAGCCGUGAUUGUCAAUCAAAUAACUGCCGGUCUCACGGUAAUUGACCGUUAAUUAACAUAAAAACAUUUAGCAUCUCCUGGCUUUCACACAUAGCCUACAAGCCACUGAUGCAGACCUUUGGAGCAUCUACAUUUUAAAAAGUCAAAAAAAUCAAUUUAAUAUAGCUACACUACCACAAUAAAUCCAUGACUUAUUUUAGACCGGUCUAAAGAAACAUGAUAGGAAGAAAAUGUAGUCUAUUUCAGAAGAACAGAAUAGCAUACUCUGAGUUGUCCUUAUGUUAGGCCCUGAUCUGGCUAUGCCAUAUGGGUGUGGGCUACACUAGUUAAUAUAGCAAACAAGAUUUGCUUAGAAUUCCGUGGCAUUAUUUUAUAUUAUUUUAUAGUAUGAAGAAUAGAACAGUUGAACAUAGCUGAAUUAAAUAGAAAGCAUGUUUUCUCCAAACGAUUUCUGAGGGAGUGCGCACAUGCAGCUAGCUAUUCUGUGUUGAGCUGUUAACAAAGAAAUAAGUCCUCCUGUGGUCGUAAUGCCCCUAAAAAAAUCCAUGCCUUUUGCGGCCAGUGGCCGUUCUGCCCUUGGGCUGAAUGUAAUAAUUAUAAUUCCCUUCUCCCAGCUGCGUGUUCCGAAGCACCUCUCACUCACAUGGCUCUCUCAGAUAUCUAAAUUCUUCUGUGCGAGAAAUAAAUAUUCCAAACAUAGUCUGGGACAGUUGUGGGAUGCGAUAGAUCCCAAAUUAAUAUAACCACUCGCAUCAAAAAACAUUUUAAAAGCAAUGAGGCUGAUGCAACGGAUCAAACUAUUAGGCUAUUUCUUCACAUUAUAAGCGCAGUGAUGCGCACACAGUGGUAGGCUAUAAGCAUGAAUGUUCCAAAAUGCAAUCAAUUAUCGGGAAAACACUAUUCUCAAAAGUGACAACAAAUGUGAUUAUGCAUGUAAUGCUUUAUUUUAAAGGAGCAUAUUUAUGGUGAAAAUAAUCUUCCCCAAACAUGAAACUCACACGCUGCCUAUGUAUGCCAGUUAGGCUCUACACCGGUUGUAAAGCGGAUUCAUGUGCUUAAUUUUAAGAAGUUAUUUGGCCACUUUAGUAUUGAUACAAGCCUUAUCUAAACAUAUAGGCCUAUUGGCUAGGCCUAAUGAUGUGUGCAACUAUGAUUUAGUAUUGAUACAAACCUUAUCUAAACAUAUAGGCCUGUUGGCUAGGCCUAAUGAUGUGUGCAACUAUGAUUUGAAAAAGUCGAGAAAAAAAGGCAUGCACUGUUUCUUCCCUUACAGCACACAAGCUGGGAAUCAUUCACAAGUGAUAAUAUAUCAUUCACAAGUGAUAGGCUAAUAUUGUCACUCAUCAGACUAUUCUUAAUUUAAUCUUGUCUUUACAUAUACAGUACCAGUCAAAAUUUGGACACACCUACUCUACUCAUUCAAGGUUUUUCUUAAUUUUUACUAUUGUCUACAUUGUAGAAUAAUAGUGAAGACAUCAAAACUACGAAAUAACACAUAUGGAAUCAUGUAGUAACCAAAAAAGUGUUAAACAAAUCAAAAUAUAUUUUAUAUUUGAGAUUCUUCAAAUAGCCACCCUUUGCCUUGAUGACAGCUUUGCACACUCUUGGCAUUCUCUCAACCAGCUUCACCUGGAAUGCUUUCCCAACAGUCUUGAAGGAGUUCCCACAUAUGCUGAGAACUUGUUGGCUGCUUUUCCUUCACUCUGCCGUCCGACUCAUCCCAAACCAUCUCAAUUGGGUUGAGGUCGGGGGAUUGCGUAGGCCAGGUCAUCUGAUGCAGCACUCCAUCACUCUCCUUCUUGGUCAAAUAGCCCUUACACAGCCUGGAGGUGUGUUUUGGGUCAUUGUCCUGUUGAAAAACAAAUGAUAGUCCCACUUAGCCCAAACCAGAUGGGAUGGCGUAUCGCUGCAGAAUGCUGUGGUAGCCAUGCUGGUUAAGUGUGCCUUGAAUUCUAAAUAAAUCACAGACAGUGUCACCAGCAAAGCACCUCCACCGGUCUAAUGUCCAUUGCUCGUGUUUCUUGGCCCAAGCAGGUCUCUUCUUAUUAUUGGUGUCCUUUAGUAGUGGUUUCUUUGCAGCAAUUCGACCAUGAAGGCCUGAUUCACACAGUCCCCUCUGAACAGUUGAUGUUGAGAUGUGUCUGUGACUUACAUUUAUUUGGGCUGCAAUUUCUGAGGCUGGUAACUCUAAUGAACUUAUCCUCUGCAGCAGAGGUAACUCUGGGUCUUCCAUUCCUGUGGCGGUCCUCAUGAGAGCCAGUUUCAUCAUAGCGCUUGAUGGUUUUUGCGACUGCACUUGAAUAAACUUUUUGAAAGUUCUUGAAAUGUUCCAUAUUGACUGACGUUCAUGUCUUAAAGUAAGCUCUGUGGAGUGUAUGGCUUAAAGUGGUCCUAUGGACAGAUACUCCAAUCUCCGCUGUGGAGCUUUGCAGCUCCUUCAGGGUUAUCUUUGGUCUCUUUGUUGCCUCUCUGAUUAAUGCCCUCCUUGCCUGGUCCGUGAGUUUUGGUGGGCGGCCCUCUCUUGGCAGGUUUGUUGUGGUGCCAUAUUCUUUCCAUUUUUUAUAAUGGAUUUAAUGGUGCUCCGUGGGAUGUUAAAAGUUUCGGAUAUUUUUUUAUAACCCAACCCUGAUCUGUACUUCUCCACAUCUUUGUCCCUGACCUGUUUGGAGAGCUCCUUGGUUUUCAUGGUGCCGCUUGCUUGGUGGUGCCCCUUGCUUAGUGGUGUUGCAGACUCUGGGGCCUUUCAGAACAGGUGUAUAUAUACUGAGAUCAUGUGACACUUAGAUUGCACACAGGUGGACUUUAUUUAACUAAUUAUGUGACUUCUGAAGGUAAUUGGUUGCACCAGAUCUUAUUUAGGGGCUUCAUAGCAAAGGGGGUGAAUACAUAUGCACGCACCACUUUUCCGUUAUUUAUUUUUUAGAAUUUUUUAAAACAAGUUAUUUUUUUCAUUUCACUUCACCAAUUUGGACUAUUUUGUGUAUGUCCAUUACAUGAAAUCCAAAUAAAAAUCCAUUUAAAUUACAGGUUGUAAUGCAACAAAAUAGGAAAAAAGCCAAGGGGGAUGAAUAUUUUUGCAAGGCACUGUACACAAACACCUGUACACACAUCUUUCAUCACAUCUUAUCCACCUGUAAGAGACUUGGCUACACCUGUGUGAUUGUGUGUGUGUUCUAACUCUGUCUGUGUGUUUGUGUGUGUGUGUGUGUGUUAACAGAAGGAGAUCCGUAGUUCCCUGGUGUUGUCCAUGCUGCAGCAGAUGCUGGCUGAAGACAAGGCAGACAUGGUCAGAGAGGCUGUGGUCAAAAGCCUCGCUAUCAUCAUGGGAUACAUCGACGACCCUGACAAGUACUCCCAGGUGUGUGUGCGUGCAUGCGUGUUAGAAAGGCUUUCUGACCAUUCUUGUGUUUGUUUGUGUUGAAUGUGGUCGUGUUAUACUGACUGUGGUUGUGUUCAUGCUGCCGUCAGGGUUUCGAGCUGAUGUUGCUGUCCCUUGGUGACCCAUCCGAGAGGGUGGUCAGUGCUAUCCACCAGGUGUUCAUCCCAGCAUUCGCUGCCUGGACCACAGAGCUGGGAAACCUCCAGACCACUCUCAUCCCCUCUCUACUGGCCCGCAUAGAGAAACUACUCAAGGUAGGUAGACCCACAGGGCUUUGUUUAUUUGGUAUAUGUAAGAAAAGCUUUGCUUUUGAUCCCAAUGGUGACACUAACAUUCUAGAAUCUAGGUAUAGAAGUGAACACUCUAACUGCCCUCUCUCGCUCCUUCCCUCUCUCUCCUUCUCUAUCUCUCCUUCAUCUCCUCCCUCUCUCACCUCCCUCUCUCUCCUUUCCUCUCCCUCCCCCUCUCUCUCUUUCUCUCUCUCUCCUUCCCUCUCUCUAUCUCUCCUUCAUCUCCUCCCUCCCUCUCUCACCCCCCUCUCCCUCCCCCUCUCUCUCUUUCUCUCUCCCCUCCCUCUGUCCUUCUCUCCAGCAGGGUGAACAUGGUCUUGAUGAACACAAGCUCCACAUGUUCCUGUCUGCCCUCCAGUCUCUCAUCCCUCCUCUGUUCUCUGUGGUGAUUCAGAACGCUCCCUUCACACACAGAGUUAACCUGCAAGGAGACAUCCCCCCCAUAGAGGGUAGGAAGCACAAUCGGUGACCAGUAACCUUGCUAUAUUCUGACUACAAUAUUCUCCCAAAAUCUCUAGUAUUUUCCUUCCCUGAACUUUAACCCCAACCUCUGACCUCUGUUUGACCCCUCAGUGACGCGGUUCCCUCGGCCGGCGUCUCCUCUGCAGGAUGUAGCGACUAUCGUGGGCAGCCGGGAGACGCUGAGCGCCCUCCUCAUCCUGUAUGAUUACCAGCUAGAACAUGAAGGCACUACAGGCUGGGACAGUCUGCUAUGGGUGGUCAACCAACUGUGAGUGGUCUAUACAGGACACACAUUCACACACACACAGCCACACACUAACUCCUGACGCCCUCUCCUCUCUCUCUAGUCUUCCCCAGCUGAUAGAGAUAGUAGGUCGUAUUAACGUAACCUCCACUACGUGUGUCCAUGAGUUCUCACGUUUCUUCUGGAGACUCUGUCGCACGUUUGGCAAGAUCUUCACUAACACUAAGGUAAGAGUAUACUGUAGGCCUUGUGCCGGAAAGAAUCUGCGCUGUUUUAUUAAUUUCAAUGGUGCAGACUAUAGCAGUCUCUCUUUCUUUCAGGUAAAACCACAGUUCCAAGAGAUCCUACGGCUCUCUGAAGAGAAUGUGGGUAGGUGGAAGACACACACACACACACACACACACACACACACUAACCUACACACACACACACCUACACACACCUACACACACACACACACACACACACACACACACACAGUAGGAUUUUAAAGUUAAAAGUUAAAACAGGCGUGUGGUCAGAUAUCUCUGCCAAGAGUUUUAGUUUGUUGUUGUGGUUUGUGUGAAGUGUUUGUGUCAGGCCUUGUGUGCCUGCCAACUAUUCUCUGUUUUAUAAGCUCACUGAACUGGAAAUCAGUUACAUGGUCAUAUGUCAAUUUCUCAUUUUUUCUCUAAUCUAUUGUGUUUUCUGUUUCUCCUAGAUGCUUUAACUGGGAAUGGUAUUCUGACCAAGGCUACUGUCCCCAUCUAUGCUACAGGAGUACUGACAUGCUACAAUCAGGUAAACAUGUCUGUCAUUGGGACAGUCUGUUGAUACUCAGCAUAUAAUGUUUGUAUUAAUAAUGUAUGUAUUAUAUAGUGUGUACAUUAUAUAAUGUGUGUAUUAUAUAAUGUGUGUUAAUAAUGUGUGUAUUAUAUGUGUGUAUUAUAAUGUGUGUAUUAAAAAAGUGUGUUAAUGUAUUAAUAAUGUUUGUAUUAUAUAAUGUGUGUAUUAAUACUGUGUGUAUUAUAUAAUGUGUGUAUGAAUAAUGUAUGUAUUAAUAUAUUAAUAAUGUGUGUAUUAUAUAAUGUGUGUAUUAUAUAACAUCUGUAUUAAUAAUGCGUGUGUGUGUGUGUGUGUGUGUGUGUGUGUGUGUGUGUGUGUGUGUGUGUGUAAUAUGUGUGUUUCCUGCAGGAUGAUGAUCGUAAGCUGCUUGUUGGUUUUCUAGAGGACGUCAUGAUGACACUGUCUCUCUCUCAUGCCCCCCUGGACAGCCUCAAAGCCUCCUUUGUGGAGCUGGGGUAACACACACACACACACACACACACACAGACACACACAAGUAAGAAUGAAUGGGCAACAAUCACCUAAUAAACUGUUUACUGUUACUUACUUGGAUCUCCUUCUCCGUCUCUCUCCACCUCCCUCUCUCUCUCUAUAACCCCCCCCCCCCCCCAUCUCUCUCUCUUUGUCUCUCCACCCCCCUUUAUCUCUCUCUCUCUCCCGCGCUCUCUCUCUCCUCUUUCCUCUCUCUCAGGGCUAACCCAGUGUACCAUGAGUUGUUACUGACAGUCCUGUGGUAUGGAGUGGUCCAUACCUCCGCUCUGGUCCGCUGUACCGCCGCACGGAUGUUUGAGGUCCGACGCCCUGCCACAACACGCCACACUCAACACUUUCCACACACACACACACACACAUUCGCUCACUAAAUAACAUGCUUUAUAGUCUAGUGGCUAAUGUCAGACGAUAUAAGAAUGACACUGUAUUUUGUUUGAUGUAUGUUGUAUCUAAAAAUGUUUAUUGAGACCUGUUUUUAUUGAGACCUGUUUUGUCAUGGACUAGAAGUAGUUUUCUUGCUGAUUUAAUCUUACAGUUUUAAUAAGUAAGGAUUGUUGGAACACUGACUGAAUUGUAAAGGUUUUUGUGUUGUAUUAUGCAAACAGAACUAUACUGGUUUGAAAUGCCUCCCUAUGUCUUUCCCCUGAUGCAGCCUCUGCUUGUUAUUGCCUGCCCCCUCUAUGGCCUGAUUCCAUUUAAAUCCCUAGCCCCUUCCCAGAGCCCCUACCCCUUCAUUGUGAACACCAAAGAGGUAGGAGCUAGGGAAAAGCAUUGGAUCAAAAUGGAAUCAGGCCUACAUAAAAUACACUUAUGGUGAGGAGGAGGUGUUGUAGCACUAUCCCCCUUCACUGUCAUAGUGGUAAAGCAUCCCUUCAUCAAGUGGUAAGACUCCCACUUCCACUCAUAGGUAAAUACCACUUCACUGUCAUAGGGGUAUAGAUAUCCCACUUCACUGUCAUAGUGGUAUAGACAUCCCCCUUCAUUGUCAUAGGGGUAUAGAUAUCCCACUUCACUGUCAUAGUGGUAUAGACAUUCCCAUUCACUGUCAUAGUCGUAUAGACAUUCCCAUUCACUGUCAUAGUCGUAUAGAUAUCCCACUUCACUGUCAUAGUGGUAUAGACAUUCCCCUUCACUGUCAUAGUCGUAUAGACAUUCCCAUUCACUGUCAUAGUCGUAUAGAUAUCCCACUUCACUGUCAUAGUGGUAUAGACAUUCCCAUUCACUGUCAUAGUCGUAUAGACAUCCCCCUUCAUUGUCAGUGGUAUAGACAUCCCCCUCCUCCCCUUCACUGUCAUAGAGGUAUAGACACCCUCCUCCCCCCUUCACUGUCAUAGUGGUAUAGACACAUAACCCCCCUAUCACCAUCUCAUAGUGGUAUAUCCCUCCCUACCAUUCUCUGCAGGCUAGGCAGAAGUUGCCCCUAACCACAGAUCUAGGAUCAGAUCCCUCUGCCCCCAGUCCUAAACAUGACUAUUAGGGCAUGAACAAAGAUCUGACUCUGGACCACUGGUUAGGGGGUAACUUCUACCAACUCUGUUCAGCAGCUCUGUUUGCUUGGCUUCUCACUUAUUAUCAGUUUUUCUUUUUUUUGUUUACGUGUGUGUGUGUGUUUACAUGCGGGCUUGCGCGUGCGUAACAUGCGUACCUACCUUGGCGCUGCUGCUACUUCUUGUCGUUGUAUAUCACUUUCUUUCUUUCUUUCUUUUUGUUUUCCUUUUUCCCCCUCCUCCCUCUCUCGGCGUGUUGCCAUGACACUGCUGGCUCUGUCCAUGCCCCGCCCCUGGGCUGUGACAUCACUGUGACCUCACGGAUGUGUUGUCCAAUCAGCUGCUGGUGAAGGGGGUGAAUGAGACGCUGGUGGCUCAGAGGGUGGUGCCCGCUCUCAUCACGCUCUCCAGCGACCCUGAGAUGUAAGUGUCUCCUGCUGCCUCGUCUGGCCACCUCGACCCCUCCUCGAACCUCGCAGGAAGAACCCUAACCUCUAUGAUGAGGAGAUAUAUUGAAUAACACCAGAUCUUUCAGGACUGUAGUUGUUAUGGAAACAUACAACCCUUGUUAAAGGAGUCAAUGAUUUGACUUAGGAAUUUUUUCUCAAAACUCAGGGACAAUGAGGCUUUGCAACAUGAAUCAAUUCCAAAGUAGGUGCUUUCUCUAAAUGGUGUAUCUUUAGGGUAGUUGCCCUGUCUGUGCUCCUAGAUGGUUCAAGGUCUCUCUGACUCUGGGUAAAAGUCUUCUUUGGGCUUUCUUCCUGUAGAGGUUGAGGUGCGGUCAAUGCGGUUCUGUGUUUACUGUCACUAACACCAGGCAUCAUCAGUGUGCGACACUAACCCACACCCCGCUAGUCACUAUAUAACCAUGCUUGAAAGGACAGAAGUAUGAUGCUUUCUAAACACUAACCCAAACCCUUACCUCUAACCUUAAUCGUAACUAGUCCUCAAUUAAGACAAAAUAUGUAAUGUACUUGCUCAUCAGUUCUGACAAUAUAGGUCAUUUUGUCCUUUCUGGCAUGAUCUACCCAAUCAUGUUCAUCGCAUCAUCAGUCUGCUACACUACCCCAACUCGCGCUCUGAUUGGCUGCAUGUGGAAAACAUCCCAGCAUGCUCAGCUGUAAUGCCUUACCCCCCCUCCCCCUUCCUCCUCCUCACCCCCCUUUUAGCAGAUCCUCCCUAACCCUCCAACCCUCAGGUCCUGGAUGAUUGUCUUCACCCCUACCUCACUCUUCCUCCCUCCUAACCUCUUCCUCUCUCUCUCCCUCCCUCCUAACCUCUUCCUCUCUCUCUCUCUCUCCCUCCCUCCUAACCUCUUCCUCUCUCUCUCUCUCUCCCUCCCUCCUAACCUCUUCUCUCCUCUCUCUAUCCUCCUCCUCCUCUCUCCCUCUCUCUCUCCCUCCCCAUCCCUCCAACCCUUCCUCCUCUCCUCUCUCUCCCUCCCUCCUAACCUCUUCCUCUCUCUCUCCCUCCCCAUCCUAACCUCUUCCCUCUCAUCUCCCUCCCGCCUAACCUCCUCUCGCUCCUCUCUCCCUCCCUCCUACAACCUCUUCCUCUCUCUUCUCUUCUCCCCUCCCUCCUAACCUCUUCUCUCUCUCUCUCCUCCCUCCUACCCUCCCUCCUAACCUCUCUUCUCUCUCCUCCCUUCCCUCCUUAACCCUCUUCCUCCUCUCUCCCUCCCUCCCCUCCUAACCCUCUUCCUCUCUCCCUCCCUCCUAACCUCUUCCUCUCUCCCUCCCUCCUAACCUCUUCCUCUCUCCCUCCCUCCUAACUGUUUCCAGUUGAUUCUGCGAGGCAUGUCAGAGGCUUUAAUAGACCGCCGGGUGGCCCCGGCUCUUAUAACACUGUGCAGUGGCCCUGAAUUGUGAGUCAACGAAGAUGAGACGUUUCCUCUCCUCCUCUCUCUAUCCCUCCUUCCUCAGCAUCCUCUUGGUUCUAUUUAGUGUAUUAUAUUAUUUAAAUCCAUACGGACACUGGAAUGAUCUAACAUCACCAUUAACAUUGGCAUUAACAUACAUGAUACACACUGAUGAUUGGUUGGUGUUGGUCAGUUUUAUAUUGUUAUCUUCUGAGCUGCAUCUUGUAGUUUUAAUAAAGCAGAGACCUGGUUCUAUUCUAACUCCUGUCUGGGUUAUAGUUCAGUCAGGAUAUCUACUAUCCCUGCCUUUGGCACCAUCAUGGAGACGGUGACACAAAAAGAGGUACGAACAUGCAGAUUUGCAUAUAUGCACAUACUACACACUCGCAUUAAACAAGUCUGGGUUGUAUGAUUGAGCACAGGUGUUUUUAGUAUUGUGGUAUCGUAUCCGUGUGUAUUAGGGGGAGUAUCCAUGUUGGCAUACAUGCAUGUAUUAAUGUGUGUGUGUGUCCCAGCUGUUGGAGCGUGUGAAGAUGCAGCUAGCGUCGUUCCUGGAAGACCCACAGUACCAGGACCAACACUCUCUACACAUGGAGAUUAUCAGGACCUUUGGACGGGUCGGACCCAACGCUGAGCCACGCUUCAGAGACGAGUGUCAGUACUACUGAUAACACACACACACACCACUUAACCACGCUUCACAGACGAGUGUCAGUACUAUCACACACACACACACUAAUGCAAAGGCACACUAAAACAAGAGCGCAGACACGCACACAUGGACUCAAAUCCACACACACAUACACACAUACUCAGUGAUAUUGUCUGUGUUUUCUGUCUUCCAGUUGUGCUGCCUCACCUCCACAAGCUAGCGUUGGGUAACAACGUCCAGGCUACAGAGAGUAAGAGGAUAGACAUCGCUACUCAGCUGUUUGAGGCCUACAGCGCUCUCUCCUGCUGUUGUAUCCUUCACCCAACACUGACGUUUGUGUGUGGAUGUGCGUGUUGUUGUGUGUGUCAAAUAAAAUGUAUUCGUCACAUACAGCAGGUAUAAAAGGUGCAGCGAAAUGCUUGUGCUAGCUCCCUCAACAAUGCAGUACAUGAAUCAAUAAUAACAAUGAAAUGAGUCAAGUCAAAAAUAACAAGUCAUAGAAGAGGUACUAUGCAUAGUAAUAAUGCACUGUAUGUACAAUUAUAAAGUGGGUAGUGGAAUCAAUAUUAUAUAAUAGAACAGCAGCUUUGUCUGCCUGUAUGAGUUGUGUGUGUGUUUAUGGGUGUUUGUGUGUAAGGGUUGGCUGUGUGGGUAGUCAGUGAAAAUAAUUUCCAACGUGCAUAUAGUCUCUCCGGUGCAAAUACUCUGGAAGGUGCAGGUCUGUGCAGGGAGACAACUAGGUGUAGCUUUUCAGAAGUCUGAUGGCCUGGUGGUAGAUGCUGUCUUGGAGCCUGUUGGUCCGAGACCUGAUACUCCGAUACAGCUUGCCAGAUGGUAACAGAGUGAACAGUCCGUGGCUCGGGUGACUGGAGUCCUUAACGGACUUUUGGGCCUUCCUCAGACACCGCCUGGUGUAGAAGUCCUAGAGGGCAGGGAGCUCACCCCCCAGUGAUGUAUUGGGCCGUCCGCAUCACCCUCUGUAGAGCCUUGCGGUUGAGGGGGAUGCAGUUGCCAUACCAGGCGGUGAUGCAGCCGGUCAAGAUGCUCUCAAUGGUGCAGCUGUAGAACUUCUUUAGGAUCCGAGGGCCCAUGCCGAAUUUCUUCAGGUGCCUGUGGUUGAAGAGGCUGUGCUGCGCCUUCUUCACCACUGUGGUGUGAUUGGACCAUGUCAGGUUCUCUGUGAUGUGCAUGCCGAGGAAACUUGUUACCCUCUCCACUGCAGCCCUGUUGAUGACAAUAGGGGCGUUCCCUGUAGUCCUCGAUCUGCUCCAUGGUGAUCAGCUGUGUGUGUGUGUUCCCUGCUACUGUGUCCUUCACUUACAGAACUUACCUCACCCUUUAUUAAUGGUUGAGGCAAACAGCUACAUAUUAAUGAGUUGUGUCAAGAGGCCUUUAAAAGGAAAAGCUAAAAGAGGCAAUAGUUCAUGAACUAUUGAGAGAGAGAGAGAGAGAGAGAGAGAGAGAAGAAAGAGAGAAGAGAAGGAGAAAAGGAAAAGAGAGGGGGAGAAGAGAGGGGGAAAAAGAGGGGAAAAAGGGGGGAAGAAGAGGCCAAAAGGGGGGGAAAGGGGAAAAAAAGGGGGGGGGGGGGGGGGGGGGGGGGGGGGGGGGCCCCCCAAAAAGGGGGGGGGAGAGUCCUUAACCUCCCAAAACUUUCUUACUUGUUUUUCAACUCUGUGUUAUAAUAUUAAUUCAGUCACCACGGUUCAGUAGUCUUUAACUCUGUGGUGGUGUUUGGUUGUUCAGUUGUCCGGAAAGUGUUUGCUUAAACUUUGUGUUAGUGUUUGGUUGUCCGCUCCUUGACGUCCUGCUCCAGUCAUCUCAGAGGAGCUGAUGGUGAAUCACUUCCUGCCUGGCCUGAGGUGUCUGAGGACCGACAUGGAACAGCUAUCUCCUGAACACGAGGUACACACACACACACACACUGACCACACAGUAGCUCUCCCAAACUACAUCAAAUGACCUGUUUCCCAUGCCAGCUAAAGACCAGCUGAUCCCAUGUCCCAGACCACUUACCACACAGCGUGGAGGGAAACUUACCAGGCAUACUUUCCACAGCACAGCAGUCUUAACUGGUAUAUUUUAUGCUGUGUGUCUCCUGUCCUGUUGCAGGUGAUUCUGAGCUCCAUGAUCAAGGAGGGGGAGAUGAAGGUAGAGAACAGAGGGAUCGGACAGGCCGAGGGGUGAGUACUAACACACCCCAGUAAAUCAGAGCCCAUGUGUCUGUGUGCUGUGUCUGUGUGUAUGUCGGAGCAUUCAAAAUAAACACACACAAACAAAACUCUCCUAGCCUUUAUCCGCUGGUUUUCAUCCCACACCAUGAGUGCUGUUGACUUGCUGACCCUCUGGAAGCCUGGCUGCAUAAACAGUAGAUAAUCUUGGAAACUACAGCCUUUAGAUUCAGGACAGUGGUGAGGGAGGGAGGUUAGGGGGAGGAGAGAAUAGAGCCUGUAAAGAGCAUUGGGACCCAGCCAUAGUGUGGGUGAGAGAGGGAGGGGAGGUAAGGGAGUAGAGGGAAUCAACUAUUAAAGACUGUUGGACCACAGCCCAUAGUGUGGCUGUCUUUGGGAGAAGUUUCUCCAUCUUGUGGACAUGUGUUUCUACCUCAUUAAAUGUGUGUGUGUGUGUGUGAGGCUGUAGCCUAGCAACACACAGUCACACACCCCAAUGAUUUUCUGCCUUAGUCGUAUUGAGUCUUGUUUUGAGGUUGUUGUUUUUCUCAUCAUGUUUAAUUAUAACUUUAGAAUCUCUGUCAUCAUCAUCAUGCACAUUGUUAGAGACAAGAGAUGGGUCUGUUUUAGACUUAAAGCAUCUGUCAACAACCAUGUUACUACACUACGCCACUCAACUCCAGCAUUUUACAUAACUUUAAUUUGACUACUGACCAUAUUUGUUCCCCUACAGUUCUUUAUCUGCUGUUGUUCAACCAGAGUUAGCCAGAGAGGGAAGAAGAGGAACUAUCCUAACUGUCAGUCAGUAGAGAACAGAAGAGACUGUUACUGUUAACACUUAGGAAACAGCUUUUACAAUUACCUGUCCAGAUAUAUGGACAGAGAGACUGAGACAAGAGCAGAACAAAGCAAACAAAUUAGCAUCUUGCAUCUGACAGUUAACAACAGACUGUCAAUCACUCUUAACUGUAUGUUUAGGGAGAGAGCGGGAGAAAGAUUGUAGAGAUUAUAGGGAAAUAUUCUGGAUGAAUGAUUUGUAUACAGAUUAUUGUUGUACAGGCUAUAUAAAAUACAGUAUGUGCCAUUCUAUAGGCUAUAUAAUAUAUCCCAUUCUACAGUAUUAUCAUCAAUACCCUGUGUAGCCCCUGUGUAGCUCAGUUGGUAGAGCAUGGCGUUUGCAACGCCAGAGUUGUGGGUUCGUUUCCCACGGGGGACCAGUAUAAAAAAAAAAGACAAAAUUAUGUACUCACUACUGUAAGUCGCUCUGGAUAAGAGUGUCUGCUAAAUGACUAAAAUGUCAAAUGUAAUAUAACCCAUAUAUACACUCAGUGGACAGUUUAUUAGGUACACCACCCCGUUCACAAAAAUGGUCACGUGGCUUGUUACAGUGGGGGAAAAAAGUAUUUAGUCAGCCACCAAUUGUGCAAGUUCUCCCACUUAAAAAGAUGAGAGAGGCCUGUAAUUUUUUUGUUGGCAAUGAAACAGGUCAAACGUUUUCUGUAAGUCUUCACAAGGUUUUCACACACUGUUGCUGGUAUUUUGGCCCAUUCCUCCAUGCAGAUCUCCUCUAGAGCAGUGAUGUUUUGGGGCUGUCGCUGGGCAACACGGACUUUCAACUCCCUCUAAAGAUUUUCUAUGGGGUUGAGAUCUGGAGACUGGCUAGGCCACUCCAGGACCUUGAAAUGCUUCUUACGAAGCCACUCCUUCGUUGCCCGGGCGGUGUGUUUGGGAUCAUUGUCAUGCUGAAAGACCCAGCCACGUUUCAUCUUCAAUGCCCUUGCUGAUGGAAGGAGGUUUUCACUCAAAUUCUCACGUUACAUGGCCCCAUUCAUUCUUUCCUUUACACGGAUCAGUCGUCCUGGUCCCUUUGCAGAAAAACAGCCCCAAAGCAUGAUGUUUCCACCCCCAUGCUUCACAGUAGGUAUGGUGUUCUUUGGAUGCAACUCCGCAUUCUUUGUCCUCCAAACACAACGAGUUGAGUUUUUACCAAAAAGUUCUAUUUUGGUUUCAUCUGACCAUAUGACAUUCUCCCAAUCCUCUUCUGGAUCAUCCAAAUGCACUCUAGCAAACUUCAGACGGGCCUGGACAUGUACUGGCUUAAGCAGGGGGACACGUCUGGCACUGCAGGAUUUGAGUCCCUGGCGACGUAGUGUGUUACUGAUGGUAGGCUUUGUUACUUUGGUCCCAGCUCUCUGCAGGUCAUUCACUAGGUCCCCCCGUGUGGUUCUGGGAUUUUUGCUCACCGUUCUUGUGAUCAUUUUGACCCCACGGGGUGAGAUCUUGCGUGGAGCCCCAGAUCGAGGGAGAUUAUCAGUGGUCUUGUAUGUCUUCCAUUUCCUAAUAAUUGCUCCCACAGUUGAUUUCUUCAAACCAAGCUGCUUACCUAUUGCAGAUUCAGUCUUCCCAGCCUGGUGCAGGUCUACAAUUUUGUUUCUGGUGUCAUUUGACAGCUCUUUGGUCUUGGCCAUAGUGGAGUUUGGAGUGUGACUGUUUGAGGUUGUGGACAGGUGUCUUUUAUACUGAUAACAAGUUCAAACAGGUGCCAUUAAUACAGGUAACGAGUGGAGGACAGAAGAGCCUCUUAAAGAAGAAGUUACAGGUCUGUGAGAGCCAGAAAUCUUGCUUGUUUGUAGGUGACCAAAUACUUAUUUUCCACCAUAAUUUGCAAAUAAAUUCAUAAAAAAUCCUACAAUGUGAUUUUCUGGAGAAAAAAAUUCUCAAUUUGUCUGUCAUAGUUGACGUGUACCUAUGAUGAAAAUUACAGGCCUCUCUCAUCUUUUUAAGUGGGAGAACUUGCACAAUUGGUGGCUGACUAAAUACUUUUUUCCCCCACUGUAUAUAAAGCACGCAGACAGGCAUCGAGGCAUUCCGUUACUGUUCUAUUGAACAUUAGAAUGGGCAAAAUGAGUGACCUAAGCGUCGGUGCCAGCCGCACCGGUUCCAGUAUCUCAGAAACGGCCGGCCUCCUGGGCUUUUCACGCACGACAGUGUCUAGGAUUUACAGGUAUGGUACAACAAACAAAAAACAUCCAGUCAGUGGCAGUCCUGUGGGCGAAAACAGCUCAUUGAUGAGAGAGGUCAAAGGAGAAUGGCAAGAAUCGUGCAAGCUAACAGGUGGGCCACAAACAGACAAAUAACGGUGCAGUACAACAGUGGUGUGCAGAACGGCAUCUCGUAACGCAUAACUUGUGGGCCCUUGUGAAGGAUGGGCUAUUGCAGCAGACUACCACACAGGGUUCCACUCCUAUCAGCUAAAAACAAGAAGAAGCAGCUCCAGUGGGCACACGAUCGCCAACACUGGACAAUUGAGGAGUGGAAAAACAUUGCCUGGUCUGACGAAUCCCGGGUGCGUCAUGCUGAUGGCAGAGUCAGGAUUUGGCGUAAGCAGCAUGAGUCCAUGGCCCCAUCCUGCCUGGUGUCAACAGUACAGGCUGGUGUCGGUGGUGUAAUGGUGUGGGGAAUGUUUUCCUGGCACACGUCAGAUCCCUUGAUACCAAUUGAGCAACGUUUUGAAGGCCACAGCGUAUCUGAACAUAGAAUCCAUGCCCUGAAGAAUUCAGGCUGUUCUGGAGGCAAAGGGGUUUCAACCCGGUACUAGAUAGGUGUACAUAGUAAACUGGCCACUGAGUGUAAAUAGCUCCCUGUGUGAGGAUGAUGCUAUGUCUAACCUCCUUUAAUACAUGUACACAUUUACAUUUUAGUGAUUUAACAGACACUCUUAUCCAGAACUACUUACUUAGUGCAUUCAUCUUAAGAUAGCUAGGUGGGACAACCAUAUAUCACAGUAGUAAGUACAUUUUCCCUCAAAGUAGUUAUCAGCAAAGUCAGUGCUAGUAGGAAAAGUCAUGCUGGCCAACAUGUGUUCAUUGUGUUUCUGUUCCUGUAGCUCUGUGUCCAUUGCUGCCAGUCUGGUUGGUGAAGACGCUAAAACCAAGUUCCUGAGUAAGAUGGGUCAGCUGACCACGUCCGGUGCCAUGCUGGCCAACGUCUUCCAGAGAAAGAAAUGA